UGUGUGGAGCUGAUCUGGGAGGAGACUGGAGGGUUAAAGCUGCUGGGAUGUUGUUGUUUAGUGCUGGCCUGUCUAUGAAGUGACUUACCCAAGAAAGAAAAGCUUUGUUCUUGAGGAGAAUUUGAUAACGCGAAAGAAAAGAUCAACACCUGGAUUAAAGUUCCGCGUCAGAAACAAAAAUAACAGCAAAACGGAGCACUGCCGUAAAGCACGUUGAAGUUAAUCCAUUUGAGAGGAAAAUGACUUCAGUAAAGCCUCUGGUGUUCCUGUGCUUGUGCCUCAUUCCGGCAUUUCAUUCCUUUCUGAACUACAAAAAAUCUCACGAGUGGACAAAACUUAUUUUGACUCACCACUGGCCGCAUACUUUCUGUACAAUGGAAAAGACGAGUUGUCAGACUGCAGAUCAGUUUAAUUACUGGACCCUGCAUGGCUUCUGGCCAAACAAAGGAGGAAUGUGCAACCAUUCGUGGCACUUCAACGUGACGAACAUCGAGGGUCUUUUGCCUGACAUGCAGAGAUAUUGGCCUGACCUGUUGCAUCCUAACUCUACUCUUCUAUGGAAGCAUGAAUGGGUGAAACACGGAACCUGUGCUGCUUACUUGGAAUCAAUAAACACUCAGUACAAGUACUUUGCCAAAUCACUGGAGAUGUAUAAAGAAAUAAACCUUGAUAACACCCUUUUGAAGUUCAACAUUGUUCCAUCAGAGAAAACGUACUCUCUGAAGGAAAUCCGAGAAGCUAUUUUGAAUUAUUACCAAGUGGCUCCAAAAAUCCAAUGUGUCCUGCCUUCACAGGGAGAGCAAGUACAAUUGCUGGGCCAGAUAGAAAUCUGCGUUGACAAGCAGUUUCAGUAUACCAACUGCUCGGAGCCCGCUGAAGACCUCCCUGACAGUGACAUUGACAUCCCAGCAUUUGAAUUGACCGCCGCUGCAGAACUGCAUGUGUGUGAUGAAUCCAUAGCUGUUUUAUAUCCUCCGGUGUCAACAAAAUUGUGGCGCUUGUCCUAAAAUCAUUUUAUCUGUAAAGAAAACACUUUGUAUCUUACAGUUUUUUAAGGAAUAGUGCAAAGUGUCUCUUUUCUUCAAUGUACCCUUUUGAAUCUCCGAGUUUUAAUGGUGGUAGUCUUAGUCACUUUGUCCCAUCUGAAGGACUGCAGGUUUUCGGGUUGUCAAAGCCAUUUACCGCUGGUGAUUGAUUUCCUUAUGAGGAACAACACAAAGCAAAAUCUGUGACCCCAGGACAGCUCAUCUGUUCUUGUGUUUUGUUUCUUGAUAUCAUAGGCUAAGGGUGGGCUAUAUUGUUUGAAAAUAUAUAUUAUGGGGUGUUUAUAUUUAAUAACGCAGAAUACAAAAGCUUAUCUACAAAAA